AUGCGCACAGACGACCCCAAGGGGCUAGCCAAGCAUGUUAACCAUGUCGAACCCGUGCACAAGAUUCUUGAGUACUACGGAUGGAGGGAUGAGGGCGAGGUUGGCGAAGAAGCCUGGAUCCCCACAUGGAACAGCGGUGGCCAAUUUAAGGCUUGGAUAUCCACCAAUUCAAAGAAUUCCAGACAAGCUGCCGCUCAUGCUGAUGCCGAGCCCAUGCUGCCAGAGACGGAGACGGUGGUGGUGCCUGUUGACGGCCAUCAGCCCAGGUGCAGGUUCAUCCAAGGCGACGACACGCCGACGGAUGAGAACCCUGCGGUUCCUGAACGCGCCCUCGCCUCAUGCGCGGUCCCUGGCAUGGUGACCAAUGACCCUUUUAUCACCAGACAGACAGACAGAAGACGAUGGAACUGUCAUGCUUGUCCUCGACUACUCGUCGCCGUCCGCUCGUCUCUACCCACUUGGCUGAGCACUUCAGCGUCAUCCGCUUCUCGGUUCGCUUUCCCGGCCUCCGCUAGUCUCUUACGUCUUCAUCUUGUCCGGGGUCCCCCUUCGUCUUCUACCUCGUUCUCGCCCCCGCCUGAAUACCAUGACGACGAAGACGUCCAAAUAGAGUCCCGUAGCCAGAGCUUUGAACUCUGCUUCCAUGCCGACUUUGCCGGCAAGCCCGACCCCAUCUCACUGCACUUGUUCUCCUCCUCCUCUUCCUCUCCCAUCUUAUCCCCGUCCUCCAUCAUAUCCGACGCCAGAAGUGUCGUCUUAUAUCGAUAUAAGCCGGCGCCCUUGUUGAAGACGCCGCCGCCGCCCUUCUACAUCCACGAACUGCCCCAACUCCUCAACCUGACCGAUGCCAAAGAUACCAAGGCAUCAUCACCAUCUGUCCUGUUGCUGCUUUUCAUACCCUCUGCCGACUUCCUCCUCAUCGGUCUGAUUGUCUAUUACCUACUAGGCUUCCCUUCACCUUACAUCUCUUCUUCCCCCUUCUCGUUCGGCAUUGCCGGCCAUGCCCCCCCUUCUUCAACCUAUCUCGUCCGCAUUGAAGGCACCUCGAUCGAGCCUGUCAACCUCCAUCACGAGCUCCUGCCUAUCGAAAGUAAGAACUUUUCGCUCUCGACUCAAGUCCCCAAUGUUUUCGCCGAUGAGGGGCUGCCGCCGCUCCUCGGCGAGUUUGACCGUGUUGCUGGCUAUACGUGCCAGGACGCCUCAGUCUACAUGGCCUCUCGGCCCGUUUAUGCUGCUGCUGCUGCUGCUGCUGCUGCUGGGAAUGUGUCAGAGAACCUAGAUGCUGACAUCAGACUUCUCUGUUACUCAGUCCAGAUCCACAUACACAACGCCAUCUUCCCCUGGAGCCGACUGCUUAAUACCGACCCCAACCGUUCAUCAAACACAAACCUCCUCUUUACUGCAUCGUUGCUGAGUGACGCUACCGAGGCUGGUGCCAAUUAUAGGGCUAUUGCCCGCGCGUAA